AUGUCUUCGCGCAAGCAGUUCACCCUUCACGGCGACGUUACCGGGCCUAACCCUCUGAAGGUCGCGGUUGUGCUCGAGGAGCUUGGUCUGGAAUAUGACAUCGUCAACAUCAAUGUCCGGACAGGCGAACAUAAGAAUCCAGAGUACCUCAAGCUGAACCCGAACGGGCGCGUCCCCACGCUCGUCGAUCACAGCAACGGCGACUUCACCAUCUGGGAGUCUGACGCUAUCCUUCUGUACCUUGUCGAGAAUUACGACAAGGAGCACAAGCUCAGCGUCGCAGACGUGCACGAGAAGUUCAAGCUCAUUCAGUGGCUCUUCUUCCAGGCCUCCGGCCAGGGACCGUACUUCGGCCAGGCGGUGUGGUUCAUGCGCUACCACCACGAGAGGCUCCCGAGCGCGAUCGAGCGCUACCAGAAGGAGAUCCUCCGCGUGCUCGGCGUGCUCGAGACCGUGCUCUCGAAGCAGGAGUGGCUCGUCGGCGGGAAGCUGACCGUCGCCGACAUUUCGUUCAUCACCUGGAACCAGAUGGCGAUUGGGUGGGGGCUCGAGGGCGUCGAGGGCGGCGAUGUGCAGAAGGAGUUCCCAAACGUCUAUAAGUGGCACCAGAAGCUUGUCAGCAGGCCCAUUGUGCGCAAGUUCCUCGACAUGCAAGCGGAGACAUUCAGGAAGUUCUCCGAGUCGCAGGCUAAGUAG